AUGACACGCAGACACGGACGUGAACUCCAGGCUCGGAAGGAUGGUCGCCAGCUCUCGACCCCACGCUCUGCUCAAGAAAGCAAGAGGUCAAAGGCGAACAACGUCGCACCCAAGCCCUGGCCAUCCACGAUAUAUACCCAAGAGGACCUGAAGCCGUACGAGAAAUUCCGCAAACUGUAUGGCGAACGCAAAUACGCGCGGGAGUUCCCAAAGCAGAAGCAGACUUUGAGCUUCACGGACGACCUGCCGACCGAGAUCCGGCUCAUGAUCUACAAACACCUCGGCCUGCAGGCACCGGGCGGCUUCUUCGAACUCUGGGGCCCAGGGACAUGGCCCUGCCGCGCAGAAUUCCGAGACAACAUUUUCGACCCCACUCUCGACGCCGCAAUGCCGAUCAGGAACACGUUCCGGAAGUACGCCGCAUUCCGCAAGGUCGUGGCGCUCAUGCGGCUGUGCAAGAAGGUGCACGGAGAGGUGGCGGAGCUGUUCUACGGGGAGCAGAACUUCCGCUUCAGCAACUCGAACGGCUUCGCGAUGCUUGGCGCGUGGAUGCACACCAUCGGGGCGCAGCACUUUCAGUGUCUGCGGCACGUCACGGUGCAGAUCCCGAUGCGCGACACCGACGACCGGUGCAUAUCGUCGCUCGGCGGCUGGAAGGUCUUCGAACAGAUCGUCGCCAAACGCGGGAUGCGGAUGCCCAUGUACGGACUCGAUCACAAGAAGCAGCAGCAGCAGCAGCAGCGCGUCACCUAUGCCCAACACCGCUACGACAAGACGGUGACGGGAGUGUUCCAGGACCUCAAGUCGAUCCCCUGCCUGCGGAAGCUGGAGCUCCUCGUGCCGUGGAACUUCCCCCUCCUGGGCAACCUCGUCUGCGAGCGCGGCUACCUGGAGCAGUUCGACGCCGUCGAGCGCGUCCGGCACGUCGUCGAGGACCACUGUCUCGACGGCAGCUAUUGGGGCCAGCUGGCGGCGCUCAAGCGCGACGCGGUGGUGUCGUCGCCGGACUUGGAGAUUGCGCUGGUGGUGCUCCACGGCCUGCGCUGCAUGGACCUCGCGGCCGACGGCUACUUCGUACAGUCGCACUUGCGGACGGCGAGGUGGUUGGCGGCGUAUGCUAAGAUCAUGGGCUACGGGUUCGGCCACGCGCGGUGGAAGGAUGGCACUUACCAGGUCGUGUACGAUCCGGACCCGCUGCAUACUGCAUCGCCACGGCUGCUGUCUGAGGCGGACGACGGAAAGCUCGAGCCUCCUGAAAUUCAGGCUGGGAUGCACGUCCAACAUGAUGCCCCUAGGAGUUCGGAGGAAGGUUGUAUCGAGUUCCAGGUCGCACUUUGGCGACAGUGGGAGAUGGUUGGCCAGACUUGGUGA